GUGAUCUUUGGGCAAGAGGCGUUCCAAAUCACGAAAAUGGCCGCAUCGACGACGUCGUCGCCGUCGUCGUCUCCUGCGCAUCGCGCUCUGUCCAACAGGUUGAAGGCGCAGUUCCAAGACCCCGACUCGGACAACGACGACGACGCCCAAGCGUCGCAAGAUUGGUUUGUCAACGACGUUCGAGCUACCACACCCGUGCAAGACAACAACAACCACACCACCCAUGCCGAUCCCGUUCAUCAAGAACCCGCGCAUGUCAAGAAAGCUUCAGCAUCAUCCCCGUCUCGGAGGAAAAGCUCGUUCUCGGAAACCGAGGAGGACGAAGCGGCGCUCGUCAAGACCAAGACUGGGUUCAUGCACCUCCGGCCGCUGGUUUCCAGCGUGCUCAUCAUGGAGCUGUGCACGUCGGACGCGACCAUGGCCAAACUGUACGGGUCCAAGUACUUUAAGAUUUACUUGCCCCAGAUCGUCGACUCGCAGGUGGACUUUUGCCUCGUGGGCCGCAAACGCUUGAACAAGAACAAGAUCCGAUUCAGUUUGAGCGAAACCAACAUCUCCAAGUGGAGCAACCCCUCGUACGUGGGCAAGCUGUCCAUGUACAAAACCCCCCGGGGCCACAAGUUCAAGAUCGUGUGUCCUAAACGCAAGCAGCGGACAGUGUUUACGAUCGAACAGGACAACCGCAAACUCGAACUUGUCGUGCACUUUGACGUCAAAAAUCAACUGGUCAACUUGUUUCAAAAGAUGAAGCCGCCGACCCCGUCUGCUGCCGCCACUAGCGAUGUUGCGACCGUCUCGUGCUUGCUUCAGAAGUUCAUCAAUCCGGUGGCGGACGUCCGGGGCACGACGGCCAACGUGUCGCUGCUUCAAAUCGACCGCGAGGGGGAUGCCACGUAUGGCAAGCACAUUAUCUCGUACAUGCGGCCAUUCUCGAUGUUUACCAGCGCGUGCAUUGCGGUGGCGAUGGAGGCACAUCUGUUCGACGCUUAACAGCACACAAACGGCACCCAACACCGUUCAAAUUCCAACCUUAUAAUUUUUAUAGUCGUGUUAGUUCUCCGUAGCUUGUGACCCCUGUGGGUGGUCAGCCUGCGUAGGCCACGGUGAUGAGUUGUUCGAGUAAGUUCCAGCACAUGGCGGCGUUGGGUGGGUCUUCGUGGAGGGCGUGGUCCAGAGGAGAGACGAGGCGGAGGCCGGCGGUGGUGUCGGCGCCGCCUUCUUCGAUGGCUCGCACAACUACGUCUUUCGACGUGGACCACACGACUGAGAGGAACGACAUGGACAGCUCCGUGGUCUUGGCCAUCAUGGCGUCGCUGGGGGUUCCAAAGAGCAGCGCGGUCUUGUCGAACUGCGGCGCCGCAUCGGGCGGCACCAGCCCCGCUUGGACGCACGCAGCUGUGCAAUCCGACGGUGUCGGGCGGGUGGACCGGGACAUCUACAUGUGUAUGAGACCGAUGGAUGGACAGAAAGAAGGAGAAACGCAGGACGUACGUGGGUGGCGGCGGUGAAGGCGGCGGCGGUCGCGUACGCGUGCACGCGCGGCACGAACGACGUGACGACGUGGUGAAACGACGCAAACGUGUCGACUUUGAGGGCGUUGGCGAACCGCGUGUCGAUUUCGAGGCGCACGGCGAAGUACCGCGCCUCCCACUCGUCCACACACAUGCUCACGAUCGAGUAGAUGGGGAUCCACAUGGCCCCGUAGAUCUGCGACAGACCAAUCAAUUUGGUCUUGCACCGCUGAAACACCUACCCCUCAUACAACAUCGUCACAUAACAUCGUCACAAGAAGACAAUAAUACUAGUAUACAUCCCCUCUUGACAAAC